UCAAGAAAAAAAAAGAUUCAUGAAGAGGUGAGAUGAUGAGAAUAUUCAUCGCUUCCAAUCAACUGCCACUCCUCCAUGAAAACAAGCAAUUUAAUCAAACGUGGAAGCAAAUAUUUUGCAGAUCUUUUCCUCAAAAACGCAAAGAAAAAGGCGAAUCCCCACGUAAACAUCGUUGCUGUUGCUUACUUUAUAUAGAUCCUUUUGUUCUCCUCCUGUUUGCUCCUUACCCAUUUCGUGCCUCGUCUCGGUCAACUUGUUCUUUUCGCUGAUUCCAGGAUCUUUGCUUCCUCGGAUGAGAUGGCAAUGGAUUCUCAGAAGCUGCUUCGAAGUGUUUGCAUACUUUGCUUUCUCUUAGGCUCUUUUUUUGUGUAUCAAAGCCUUUUUGCUGAUUCUGGAGUAGAAGAUGCAAACCCCUCUGUGACUCUGCAAGUAGAUGCUUCCGACAUCACCGGACGAUCUAUUCCUGAAACGCUCUUCGGAAUAUUCUUCGAGGAGAUCAACCAUGCUGGGGCUGGUGGACUCUGGGCUGAACUUGUUAACAACAGAGGAUUUGAAGCUGGCGGGCAAAACACGCCAUCCAAUAUCAUGCCAUGGUCCAUCAUUGGGGAUCAGUCAUCGAUAUCUGUUUCUACAGACCGCUCAUCUUGUUUUGAGCGCAAUAAAAUCGCUCUGAGAAUGGAAGUUCUCUGUGACAAUGAAGGUAGCAGUAGCAGUGGAAGUGGUUGCCCAUCAGGAGGAGUUGGAGUGCAUAACCCGGGUUUCUGGGGCAUGAAUAUCGAGGACGGAAAGAAAUACAGAGUGACCCUUUACGUCCGUUCAACCGGAGACAUCGAUGUGUCAGUAUCGUUUACAAGUUCGGAUGGAUCAUUGAUUCUUGCCUCUGGAAAGAUCAUAGCUUCGGCUUUCGAGGUUUCAAACUGGACAAAGAUGGAGGUUCUUUUGGAGGCAGAAGGAACAGAUCAUGGUGCAAGACUUCAGCUCACAACAACCAAGAAGGGGUUAAUAUGGUUCGACCAAGUCUCAGCCAUGCCAACGGAUACUUACAAGGGACAUGGUUUCAGAAGCGAUCUUGUUCAAAUGCUUGUGGACAUAAAACCCAGCUUCAUCCGUUUCCCGGGUGGUUGUUUCGUUGAGGGUGAAUGGUUAAGAAACGCAUUCCGGUGGAAAGACACGGUUGGACCAUUGGAAGAGAGACCUGGCCAUUUCGGCGACGUCUGGAAGUACUGGACAGACGAUGGACUUGGCCACUUCGAGUUCUUUCAACUCGCUGAGGAUAUCGGUGCAGCCCCGAUAUGGGUUUUCAACAAUGGUAAUCUUCCUUUGUCCCAAAACCUGUUUCAGCCCGGAUUCCAUCUCUGGUUCCUAGUGUUACUGAUAUAUGUUUCUUCAUGUUUUUGCAUGUUGAUAAAUAUUGCUGCAGGGAUCAGUCACCAAGACGAAGUUGAAACUCCCAGUGUCAUGCCCUUUGUUCAAGAAGCACUUGAUGGUAUCGAGUUUGCUCGUGGAGAUCCUGAUUCUACAUGGGGAUCUCUUCGAGCUGCAAUGGGACACCCAGAACCUUUCGAACUGAAGUAUGUUGCUGUCGGGAACGAAGACUGUGGGAUGAAGAACUACAUAGGAAACUACCUUAAGUUCUAUGAAUCCAUCAAGAAGGCUUAUCCAGACAUCAAGAUCAUUUCCAACUGUGAUGGAUCAUCUCAGCCGCUUGACCACCCUGCUGAUUUCUACGAUUUUCAUGUUUACACAUCCGCUGGCAACUUGUUCUCCAUGUCCAAUAAAUUUGAUCAGACAUCACGAAAAGGUCCAAAGGCUUUCGUUAGCGAAUAUGCCGUGACUGGAAAAGACGCCGGUACAGGAAGCUUGCUUGCAGCUCUUGGUGAAGCUGCUUUUCUCAUCGGUCUAGAAAAGAACAGUGAUGUCGUUGAAAUGGCAAGCUAUGCUCCUCUCUUUGUGAACACGAAUGAUAGACGAUGGAACCCGGAUGCAAUAGUCUUCAACUCUUCCCAUCUAUAUGGAACUCCUAGCUACUGGGUCCAACAAUUCUUCACAGAGUCAAACGGCGCAACCCUUCUCAGUUCAAAGCUCAACGGAAAUUCUUCUUCUCUCGUGGCAUCCGCAAUUUCCUGGCAAGACAAUGACAAAGAUUACAUAAGGAUAAAGGUUGUGAACUUUGGAAGCAGUCCAGUGAAUCUCAAAGUGUCUGUGACCGGAUUGGACCCGAACAUAGUGAGAGUUUCUGGAUCCAAGAAGACAGUUCUGACAUCUACCGAUGUCAUGGACGAGAACUCCUUCACGCAGCCAAAUAAGGUUGUCCCGAAAGAAAGCCCGCUGGAAACGGCAGAGGAGGCCAUGAGCGUUGUUCUCCCGCCACACUCUUUCUCGUCGUUUGAUUUGAUGAAGGAAUAUGCAGAGAUAAGAACGUUAGUCUCUGAUUCCCGCAAGAUAUCUUCCACAAUGUAGAAACAGGAGAAAGAAAUGGGGAUUAUUACCUUGCGGAUGUUACAUUAUUACAUCACACAGUUUCUAUAUAAAUAAUGUGUUAAGGUUGGGGAAGAAGAACAUGUUCUUGACCAUGUUUACAACACUUUUGCUUCCUCGAUGAUCUCAAGUUCUGAUAAGUGUCUGCCACAGAGAUUUCUAUCAUUUCGCUGUGCAGAUUUUUCA